UAGGUCUUGACGGUUAAAUUUUGACAUAAAAUCUUUGAAAAUUUAUAGCAUUAUUUAUUGACUGACAUUUAUUGCUCCUGGAGAAUGGGUGGGUUUGGAAUUUUGAACGCAGCCCGGCCCGGGGUGUGGUUGGUGCACUGAGCGAGCAAGUAAUCUAUAGUGUGGUGUUUCGGUCGGUGUUUGGUUCCCCAGCUCAGAACAAACAAGAAAACUGAAAAUAUUAUAAAAAAAUACCUACCCUUAAAUUUUCUAGUAUACGGUGAUGUUGUAAAGAAUAUAAUAAGUUAUGGAGUCGGUCUACCUUUUCGUUCUUCUUUUGAUGUUAACUUCCUCUGCAUAUUGUAACUUUUAUGGCAGUGAGUCAGUGAAUAGUCUAUCGAAAAACCCUAAAGUAGAAGGAGAAGAAGUGAUAACUUGGUGUACAACUUCAAUAUUGGCACAAGAAAAAUGUGAAAUGUUAAUGAAAUACUCAAUGCAGGACAAGGGUCUAUUUGGCAAUGACUACAUUGAAUUACAAUGCAAAAGGGCAUUUGAUUCAGAAGAAUGUAUGAACUGGGUAGAUAGAGGUGAAGCUACUUUACUGGGCCUUGAUGCUGGGGAAGUAUAUGUUGCAGGCAGAUACCACUCGCUUGUUCCAAUUUUACAAGAGUUAUAUGGAAGAGGAGAGCCCUAUCAGUAUGCAGUGGCAGUGAUGAACAAGGGAGGCCUGCCACAUCUUCAGCCAGGAAUGGGGCUGCACGCUCUCCGUGGGGCAAAAGCUUGCUUCCCUGGAGUGGGUGCCCUUGCUGGAUGGGUUAUGCCAAUUCAUAUUCUGAUGCAAGAAGGUGGUCUCAAAAUAACAGACUGUAACAACCAUGUUAAAUCAGCUAUAGCAUAUUUUGGGGAGUCAUGUGCUCCAAACUCUUUGAAAGAUUUGUACAAUCCAAUUGGUGAUAAUUCAGACAAGUUAUGUAAACUGUGUGAUGGUGGUGCAGGCAUCAGAUGUACUUUAGCAGACCCAUAUGCUGGCUAUGAAGGAGCUUUGAAAUGCCUUGUUGCAAAUGGAACUGGAGACAUUGCUUUUGUAAGAGACACUACGAUUCAACACGCUUUGCUUUCAAGAAAAAUACUUGGCGGUAUAACCGAAGAUAGAUUCGAAUUGCUAUGCCGCGACGGAUCCCGUCGUGCUGUGACCGAAUGGGAACAAUGCAACUGGGGUCGCGUGCCCGCCGACGCUAUAGUUACUAGCAGUGCCGCAUCUUCAGAGAAACGGGCGAAAUACCAAAGAUUGCUCCAAAAGAUAGUCCAACUGUAUGGAGAACCGAACCCAUACAACAAAAUGUCAAACCGCACCAGCAGUUACCAGCCCAUCAAUGGUUACGGCAAUCCUUAUUCCACAACAGAGAAACCGCGUUAUGAUCCAUACCGAAGAGAUAAUUUCAACAGUUACAAUGAAGACAAUGCGAGGUCAUCUACAUAUUCGCCAUACCAACAGCGAAUGAAUAACAAGGGUCAACCGAUCGAAUCCCAGUUCCAACUCUUCAAUUCCAAUGGAACCACAGAUUUGUUAUUGCAGGACGCCACUGUUAACUUCUUAGUGCUGAAGGAAGAAGAUCAAUCUGCCAAGCAUAUUUUAAGCAACGAAUUCGUGGGAAAGCAAGCAGAAAAAGCAGUUUUGACCAUACGGGACUGCCCAUUAAAACGGGCGACGUUAUGUGUCACUAGCGACGCCGAAAUGGAGAAAUGCAUUAAGAUGAGGAUUGCGUUAAAGGCUGCGUUCCUCUCACCCGCAUUGGUGUGCUGGCGAGGCCACAGCACAAGGCACUGUGAGCGUGCGAUCGCCGAAGGGGUGUGCGACUUCGCUGUGUUCGACUCGGCCGAUAUGCUGCACGCGGCUUACAACCAUAGACUGGUCCCUUUCAUGCAAGAGGUAUACACGAGUGGUGACAAUUGGUACUACGCAGUGGCCGUUGCCAAGGAACAGGACCCCGACACCGACCUCACGUAUCUGCGCGGCAAGAACACUUGCCACACCGGCAUCGGUAUGGCGGCCGGAUGGGUCUAUCCGCUAGCCUAUCUUAUAUCAAACGCAUGGAUCAGGUCGUACGGUUGCGACGGCGCCCACGCCGCUGCGGAAUACUUCACCAAGUCUUGCGCCCCUGGGGCACUGAGCAACGAGUACGUGGACUCGAACACCAUCCCUCAGGACAACCUGUGCCAUCUGUGCCACGGCGCUUCAUACAGACGUUGCCGUCGCGACGCUAGUGAGGACUACUUCGGUCACGUGGGCGCCGUACGUUGCAUGGUAGAGGGCGGCGGGGACGUUGCGUUCGUGCGGCACACCGCGCCCGCUGAGGUGUCGGGCGGGCGGCGGCGGGAGUGGUGGGCGCGCGACCUGCUGCCGUCAGACCUGCAGCUGUUGUGCCCGGACGGUACUCGAGGCAAAGUGCACGAGUAUAAACACUGCAAUCUGGGCAAAGUACCAGGUUCUGUGUUAAUGGGACGAGCUAACCACACUGAAUUGGAUACUUACUCCAAUCUCAUGAUUUAUGCCCAACAACUGUACGGAGCUACGGCCACAGAUGAAUUCAGCUUCAGCAUGUUCUUCUCGCCACCUCCGUACGCGGAUCUCAUAUUUAGCGACGCAGCCGUCCGUCUAAAACCUCUGUCUCAUCACAAGCGAUCCGCCGAAAUAAUAGCGGGCAAAGCUUUAACUAGGGCUGCUAGAAUAGUAUCCUGCGAUGCCCCCCAAUCCGCAUACUAUAUCGCUGCCGAUACCAAUUUCUUAUCACACGCGUACAGAGUCGGUGUCAUAGGUCGUAUGAUCGCUAUAGCUUUAUUCGUAGUCGCUUUAUUAAGAUAACUGGCUAAAAAGUGGAUGCCGCCCUUUGUGGCAGAAGUACCUUUAUCACGUGAAAUCUCUUCACAUAAAGUCCGUUACAAACUUUUUGAGAACAAAUGUAAACAAAAAUUUAAACCUCUUAAUUAGAUGCCUUAAAUUUUGAUCAAUUCUAAAAAAAUCUGUUAACCUACGAAUUCUGUUUGGCUAUGGUCAGGCUUACCUACCUCUUUCUUUAUAUUUACCUACCUCUUUCCUUAUAUUUCUCAAAACGUUUGAAACGGGUCUAUAGGAACAAUUUUGUUUAAAUUUCAUUCCAAAAAACAGCUAAUGCUGCAGUUGUAAGCACCGCGUGCUGGGUGGUAUAGAAUUUUGAAGCAUAUUGCUAACUGUUUAAAGUCCGAAGCAAAUUUUUGAGAAUUACUGUCACACAAUCAGUGUCUCGCUGUUGUUGCUUUCUUUAGUAAUUCUUUUUUUUACCACAAAGCAGACGCGGCCAAUGUAAUUAAAUUAGUACAAAAAAUACAGGAUGGAUUUAAAAGCCAACAAUUUUAUGUCCGCCACGCUGCAGCCUAAAUGUAACUUCUACUAGUGUACUAGUUUAGCAAACUUUUGACAAUCUUUUUUUUUAUUAAAUAAUAAGGUAGACAGUAAAAAAUCAUUGUUUUUUUUUUAAAUGUAUUUUUAGUCAUAUGUUUUUACUUUCAUUGUUUUUACAUCAAUUGUGCUUUUUGAUAUUUUUACUUAUUCACAUUGGGAGAUGUAAAUCAAAUGCUUAUUAAAUGCUUGACAAAGUUUUUUUUACAAUGUGAAAAGGGAGGCGAACAAGUAUAUGGCCCUCCGCCGCCAUAGCUUAGCAUUCCGGUUGCGGUACCAUACCAGUAGUAUAAUAUGUUGUCUUAUUGUAAUGCUAUUGCAAAGAAAGUGUUGUUUGCAACUCCAAUUAAAAUCAAAUAAAUAUGUCACUCUAGUGCAGCUGUAAGUUUAUUAAUUUAAUUAUAAGUUUCAAUGUGUCCGUCCAUGUGUUGUGCCUUACAAAAAUAGACUGCAUUAUUAUUGAGUAAACUUAGGAUCUGAUAAUAUGUGUAUUAUCUCUUUAGUAACUUAAAUUUUCAUAUUAAAUUGGUACAAAUAUAAUUAUACUUAAACGAGUACCUAUUUUUCUUUACUAUUUUAUAUAUUUAAUACUCAAGAUACAGAAUCCGUCCAAAUGAAAUCUCAGAAUUAGGUACAGAGAUCCACAGAUAAUGUUGCUCAUAACUGUCAAAUUUCUCCAACUGGCUGAGCUUUUUAAUGCUUGCUAGCUUACCAAAGGAUUACCAAUCUAUGUAUUAAGAAAAUUCAAGUUUGUGGUGACAUGAUGUGUGGCUGUCUAUACCAAAUUUAUAUUUUUCUGGAAAUGUAUUCAAUUUUUUUCAUUUUAAUAAAAAUAUAUUUUGAUGUGAUAGUUUUAUUUAUGUAACUUGCUAAGUUUUGAAAAUAACUUUAUGAUUGUAACACUGAAAAACAUCAGGUAAGCAGUUAAAUUUUCUCAUUAUAAUUCUCAAAUCAGAUCUUCUACAUACAGCUUUUGUUGCCUCUCUUAAUUUAUUCCCAUUUUCAUCGAUUCUGCUUGCAUGUUCCUUCCACUUCCCAAAAAUACAAUUAGACUUUCUAAGCUCUCUAUUUAUAAGGGGCACUAUAUUUCCGCAUUUUGGAGUUUUCUUAGCACACAAGCUCAACGCCAAAAAAGAUAAAUGUUGAAUAUGAUUUACACAAUAAACAAACAAGAAAUCAUUGGGUUUAUUCCUCACCAAAGUAUCUAUAAUAGUGUUGCCAAGUUUAACAGAUACCUUCUUUUUAUAAAGUUGUAAAAAUGUUGCCAUAUCCUGUGGAUGACAAAGUACUGCUAAUAUUGUGCAAAAUUUAUUUGCCGCCAAACAAAAAGUCGUAAAUAUAUGUUCCCACACAAGGCUCUCGGUAUUAUAGAGAAAAUUAAAAAUGUGAGCAUUUAUUUGCAUGCUUGAUUUUCCAAUACGGGAUUCUAAAAACUUGUAUAUGUUGUCGAUUGUACUAUGAAAUGAUAUUUUAUAACACAUCUGACCGCUAAAUACACUAAGAGCCCUACUCACUUGCAAAUCGAUUGUAUUAUAAGAAUAACCCAAAAAUGUUAUUUCAUCACUGAAUUUAACAUUAGGAUAUGGGAAAUUAACAACUGUCUUCUCAUAAUUUACAUUAUUAUAAUUUUUUAAAGCUUCUAAAAACUUGUGAGCAUCUCCUAAUGAAUCUGUUAUGUACAUGUAAUCAUCCACAACUCUUGUAAACAGUUUUAUUUUUUUAUCAUCUGCACAUUGUAAAUGCUCUCUAAAAUUGAUGUCAUCCAAGUGUUGAUAGUAUAUCUCAGAGAGAGCUGGCGAAUAUUUGUAACCUUGCACAAGCCCCUUUCUCCAAACAUAAACUGUAGAGCCAGUCCUAAUCAGUAUAUUUUUUUUUACCUUAUCAAAUAUUUCACUAAAUAUUUUACUGUUUUGGUCUUUAGUGUGAACAUUUUCCUCUUUCAUCUGAUAUUUCAAAAAUUUAUCCUGUAUUAUCCUUAAGAGGAGAAUUUUGUCUACUGACCCAAAAGCAUUACUUAGAUCUGUUUUGAUAAAAAAAAGCUUUGGUCUAUCUAAAGUUAACCACUUUGAAUACAUUGUAUUAUAAAGUAUUUCCAUUCUAGGUGAUUUACCAAUUAAUAAUUUAAGGAACUUCAAUCUUCUUUUUAUAUCUUGUUUUUCAACUGAAGUCUGAGUAUCAGAUUUAUAGCGUAUGAUAGGCCUGUAUUCACCAUUUACUUUUAAAACUAGAUGAAGCUUCGGUAUAUCUUUUUUUAUAUUUCUGAGCCUUAGUCUCAUACUGAGAUUAUGAUUCCUUUUAAGUUUCCUUCCUGUACUAAAUGAUUCAACUUUUUUGAUAACACCUUUAUAUACCAUCUUGCAUAUAGAUUUAUCAAAGAAACUUUGCCAUUGGGUCUUCCAAAAAAAAUGGAGCUUAUUUUCAUCAUUAUCCAAUUUACAUGCAGUCACAUGAUAAUUCAGGCAAAUCAUGGGUGACAAUAUAUUUCGGAUAAUCCAAUACAGUAAAUGAUAUAAUAUUCUAUUUGACUCUGGUGCAUUUAGAGACUCCCAAGGAGGAACAGAAAAGUCCCAUUUCCUUAGAAAUUUUCCAAAUUGUAUAUGUUGCCAUUUCAUACCAUGAAUAAUAAUUUCAACAAUGGACCUGAAUAAAUUUUCAUUGUGUUUAUUUCCAAACAGGGUUUUUGGGACAAUGUUAAGUAAGGCCAUCCAACAUCUAAUAAAUAUGUGAUUUUUGUUUAAUGAGAUCAAGUUUUCAUCAUUUUCUCUAGGAAAAUAACUUUUAAAGUCUUUCUUAGAUUCAUUUCCUAGAUUUUGUCUAAUAAGACAUAAAACUUCCAGAAUGUCAGGAGAUAAUUGACUCACCAAAUAAGGUUCUUCAAAUAUAUUAUUCAAAAAAUGUGUGUAAUUUUCAUGUUUGAGUAAAAUUAGUUUGAAAAUGUUGCUAAAAGUCCUAACAUUUUGCUUGUCUACGAAUAAUUGGGUAAAGCAAACAGGUGUAUCCAUUUAUUAUUUAUUUAUUUUCACACGCUAUGCAUCGAGCAUAAAUAAAAAAUUGUUAAAAUACAAAUGAAAUAGGUACUUUUUUUUGUGUUUAAUGCCGGCAAUUAACUUUGCUAAUCGGUUAAGAUUUAUAAACUUGACAACCAGUGUUUCCACUUUAAUGAUUUCCUUUCCCCACGCCUCAGUUCAGAUUUCC